CAAGCAAAGCUGGACAGCUUCGAAGCGGAUCUGGGUCUUCUGGGCGAAGAGUUCAACACUGCUGUUUCGAUUCUUAAUGUCGGCUACAUGAUCAUGCAAUUACCGAGUAACAUGCUCAUCACUCGUAUUCGACCAUCGCUCUACAUCCCCUUCUGGAUUUGUCUUUGGUCGUGCAUAUCGGCUGCAACAGCUGGUGCUCACAAUUACACUGGCCUGAUUCUCGUGCGUCUUUUUCUGGGGGUUGCCGGGGGACCGUUCUUUCCCGGUGCAUUCUACUUGCUCCCCUGUUGGUAUACAAAAAAGGAACUUGCUUUCCGGACUGCCAUUCUCUACUCGGGACUUAUUCUCGCCACUGCGUUUUCGGGAUUGCUCGCUGCCGGUAUUUUUUCAGGGCUGGAUGGAGCUCACGGCAUCAAAGGUUGGCGAUGGCUGUUCAUGAUCGAGGGCGCGGGCAGCUUUGUCGCAGGCUUGUGUGGUUUCUUCCUCCUUCCAGAUAUGCCCGGUGCAGAAACUGGCUCGUCAAAUUGGCUUUUUACGACAGAAGAGCACCGUAUUGCAAAGAACCGUAUGAUUAGAGAUCAAGUGUCCAACCAAGUAUCUGAGAACUCAGUCUGGUACGGUCUACGCACAGCAGUGUCAGAUUUCCGCGUGUGGAUAUUUGCAAUCAUUCUCUGCAGCAACCAUAUUGCUUAUGGCUUCAACAAUUUCUACCCGACUAUCGUCAAAGGUUUAGACCUGGGCGACACAACCCUUACAUUGGUUUGCACUGUACCACCAUACCUUCUCUCAGCAAUCGUAGCCCUUAUCAGCGCAUACUCUAGCGACCACCUCGAAGAUCGUGGCUAUCAUAUUGGCGGCCUCAUGGCUCUUGCCGCUGUCGGAUUCAUUAUCUCAGUCGCAUCGCUGCCUACCAACCACACCGUUUUAUACUUUUCCUCGUUCUUAUACAUCACAGACACCUUCUCAGCAAAUUCAAUGGUAUACACCUGGGCCGCCGCAUCUGUCAGUCAAACGCCCGAAAGGCGUCCCUGUGCCACGGCUAUCAUUAACUUGAUGGGCCAGCUUGGGAACAUCUGGAGCCCGUACUUUUUCCGCUCCCAGGACGCGCCACGUUAUGUGCUCGCCAUGGUUUUGAUGAUUGCGUUUUCCGGGUUGAGUAUUGUCGGCUGUGCAGUGAUGAAGCUGGUAUUGAAGAGAGGUAAUAAGAAACUGAUUGAAAGUUUCACUGGAACUGGAAUUACGCCGAAUCUGCAUGUGCUCCAAGAAAGGAAACCUAAAGAUCCAGCUAUUUCGUAUUCGGAGGAGCUUCCAGUUGCUGCUGGAGAAAAGUAUUUGCACAUCGUUGCACGAAAUCAAGAUCCCCCAGCAUACAAUGGCGGUAAUGAAGAGGAUUCUCGGUCGAUUUCAGGCUAUGACGGUAAUCUCAUGAGAGACCGCGUCAUAUUAAGCAGUGAGGAGGAAAAGAAACUGAUUAGGCGUAUUGAUUGGCAUCUGAUUCCGCUCUUGUCCGUCAUCUAUAUGAUCAAAACCGUUGACUUUACAAAUGUCUCGAAUGCACGCAUUAUGGAUAAGGGAACAUCGCAUAAUAUUAUGACAGAGCUUCAUAUGACAGCAAAUGAGUACAAUCUCGUCACCGCCAUGUAUUAUAUUCCAUACAUAUUAGCAGAGACACCGUCAAAUCUGCUGCUCAAAAAAAUGCGGCCAUCGGUCUGGCAAGCUCGAAUAAUGAUCUCCUGGGGAAUCGUUCUAUGCUGCCACGCUGCAGUCCGGAAUAAGGAAGGUCUCUAUGCAGUCCGUUUCUUCCUUGGACUUUUCGAGGCUGGUCUAUGGCCGGGGAUGCUCCUACAGCUGUGCUACUGGUAUCGACCAGACGAAAUUGCGCCACGAAUUGUGCUAGUGACAGUGCUUGGGAAUUUCAGUUCUGUGGUUAGCGGAGUACUUGCUUUUGCUUUUAACGGAGUUGUAGCCCGUGGACUAUCUGGAUGGAAAUGGCUUAUUCUAACCGAGGGCACUUUCACCGUGUUGUUGGGAAUAUUCACAUACUUCUUUCUCCCUGAUUUCCCUUCCACUGCAUCGUGGAUUACAGAUCGCGAGAAGAGUUUCAUUCAAGCUCGGCUUCCACGUAACUCUCCCCGCGCAGCCGAAGCCAAUUUCGAUGCCCGUGAACUUCUCAGAGCUCUUCGGGACAAACGUAUCUGGCUGUUUCUUCUAUGCUGGGCAUUCUACACCAUUGGCACAACGGGGCUCUCAUUUUACCAACCAACCGUUAUCGCAAAUUUGGGAUUCAGCACGCUUGCCCAAACCCAGCUUUUGAAUAUUCCGCAUGCCAUAUUUUCUGUGGUUGUAACAGUGUUUUUUGGCAUCGUCACAGACACUGGUAGAAUCCCGCAGCCAUUGAUUCCACUCGGCUUCAUGAUCGUUAUCCAAGCUUGUUACGCAGUGCUGUAUAAAUUCCCAAGUAACGGGGGGGUAUACGCUGCAACCGUUAUUGCAGGCGGGUUUUCAACGGCAUGGUACACAAUGAUGUGGCCAUGGCGCGUCCAAACCACCGAAGGAGCCACAGGCUCCGCCUUCGCCAUUGCAUUUGCGAACAGCUAUGGUCAGAUCGGGGGCGCAGUUGGAUCGCAGCUCUUCAAUUCCCGAUUCGCGCCUCACUAUACGACUUCGUUCGCUAUUGCGAUGGGGUUUAUUGGCGCGGCGAUUAUCAUGAAUAUUAUUACCUGGAGUUUCACGUGGCGCGCUGAUGUGGACACGCGCAGGAUCAAAAGGGCUAGGAUUGAGGCAGCGAAGAGGAAUGAGGCUCUUUUGGAUGAUGUUGAUAUUCAUAGGUCUGGGAAGAGGUGA